CACAUUGGAAAAAAGAUCAUAAAGACAAUCCUUCAUUUCUUCGUUGUGACAACUGUAAUGUUUCUUCAUUUAAUACAAAACAUUUACUAAGGUUGCAUAGAAAGGAUUGCCAGCUAGAGAAGGCAUCAAGUCUCAGAAGAAUUUCUCUUCUCAGACCAGAAGACAAACUUGAAUAUAACUCUGGUACUAAAAUCAAGCUUAAGCUGAAGGGUUGGAGUGUUCUAAGGAGUGAAAAGGAAAUAAUCAAAGAUCUUAACUGUAAAUGCUGUGAUACACUAUUUAAGUACGAGUAUGAACUUCUGGCGCACAAAAUACUGAAGAAAAAUGAAGGUCUUUACUGUAGUUUUCAAGCUUGUGCUUUUUCUGAAAACAAACAACUUAGUUCUCAGAGUGAUCUGCUGUCUCACUUGCUAAAACACACUGGUGAGAGUGUGCUGAAAUGCUCCUACUGUGAGAAAAUGUUCCCACGUGAGAACCUUCUCAAGAAACAUGAAUCCACACAUAAUAUUGCCUUGAUUCAGUUCGUCUGUCCUUUCCAGAAUUGUGGAUCUAAGUUCUGGAAUGUUAGUGAAUUCGACGAGCACAUGGUAGAACAUGAUCCAGAACACAACCACACCAAGUUCACUUGCUAUAUCUGUGAUAAGGAGUUCAACUCUAUGGAAUUGAAAGAGGAACAUCUCAACGGAAGCCAUCCUGAUGAGAUAGUUACCAGCUACUCCUGUUCCCAUUGCGGGGAUAUGCAACCAUCUUUGAUGGUGCACAAGAUGCAUGAGAAGUAUUGCCGGAAUAAGCGCGCUGCAGAGCACCGGCCAAGCUACAGCUGCACAUUUUGCGCUCAGAAGGUUUCUUCAAUUUCAGAAAAGAUGCAGCAUGAGCAAACUUGCAGAAAGAAUCUGAUGAGAGAAGGAAAUGAGGUGCCAGGUGAAGCUGUUGAGGAAACCCAAGUCGAGAUAUUUAAUGCUCAACAAGACGAUCUUAAUAGGUAUUUUUAUGACAUCUGUCAGCGUUGUAAGAAGAUAUUCGUCAACUUUAAAGACUAUGUUGAUCAUCUGCGUCGCGAGCACAAUGAGAAUGAAAAUGAAGAGAUAGCUUGUAAUAUUUGUGGUAAAUCCGUCCUACUCACCCAGCUGGAAAACCACUUGGCGCUCGACCACUCCCCCGGCUCCCUCUUCAUCUGUGAACCAUGUAGCUUGAGCUACGAGCUGCUGGAGGAGCUGGAGAAGCAUAACUUUGAUUACCACCAGCCCCUGGUAGGUUUCAGUUGGAUCCCAGCUAGCAGCAGGUUCUCCUGUAACUUCUGCACCAAGAUGUUUAAAACCAAGGGCGGAGCCUUAAAACAUGUAAACAGCGUUCACCAAGCUCAGCUCAGAAACCAAUUUCAGUUAAACCUGGGAAAGGAGCAAUCUAUGGAGGAAGAGAUGAUCCUACUUGAACAACAAGUAGACGGAGCAGAAGAAGGAGAAAGUGGGGAAACUGAGAAUCAAGCUAAACAGUUUGUGAAUCCGCCAAUAGUAGUCAGAAUUCUUGACGAGCGUGUUCUUACAAUGAGUGAAGGUGGGGAAAUUAUGAACGAUAGCAGCGAGCUUUUGGGAGAAAGAGUUCAUCUUAUGGAUGAAAGUGGAAAUAUAACAGUAAAGAAUAAACAUAUCAUGAUUCGAAAUGUGGAAAUAGAGGAUGAGACCGAUCAGUGUAACAGGUUGGAAGAGAAUGAACAACCAGGGAAUGAUACUGAACUUAUUGAUGAAAAUGUCCAUAUAAUGGAUGACACUGAGCAGCUUGAGGCAGGGGAUAUAGAAAUGGAGUUGGAAAGUAUAAACUCGGAUGAGGAGUUUACUUCUCACGUUGUCAUUCAGGGAUAACUUUAAUUAGCAUA